GGACACCGGUGAGAGGUGAAGCAGGAGCCCGUGGUGCUGGCCAUUCACGGAAAGGGACGGACCCGAGAAGAAACUGACUUCCAGUAAGGGUUUUGCUUGUGUCUCCACAGAGCAAGGACCGAAGUGGUUGCCAGCAAGACACGUGAAGCCAUAUCGGACCCAGACGCAAGCAGACAAAACCCCUGGAAGCGAAGAAGCGAGCACACAGACGGAACCAGAAGCUGAGAUUGCUAACCCCUCCUUGAUCAACACUUAAGGAGAUCAAGGACUUGGGGUUUCUUUCGGGACUUGGGUGUCAUUGCAUUGCAAAAGAUUCUCACAUGGGGGAAAUCAUGAGCCCAAGGUUCAAUCUGAGGUUCACUCAGAUGUUUUUGUGUUCCAUCCUAUCAUCAAUUGCCUUAGGCAAUGGGGCAGAUUUACCCAUGAUUCAACCGAAGGAGAACAUUUGGGAAAGUUUAGCCAAUGCAGCAGGUUUGGACACCAUUUGUUUGACACACUCAAGGCCAAAAAAACCAUUUUCAACAUGUUUGGUGGGCUUGCCAGUGAAAGACUGGCCAAUUCCAAAGGACAUCCCUGCAAAAGUUUUGCAGGUCAUGUUGACUCCUGUAGACGCAUGGCGCAUUUGGACUCAAUUUCUUCCUGUGGCUCCUUUCGAACCUCAGGAAUUGGAAAUUCUUGGUUCGAUGAAAAUGGAUUUUUGUAUAAAAUUCAGUUUUUUGAGAGUGACAAAAAACAAAAUGGUAGAUGUUACUCCAAAUCAUGACAUUUAUAGAAAUGCCUCCUCUUGGUGCAACUACACCAAGAUCUCAAACAAACCAUCCCUCCAAGUUCCUGUGCAAUUGCCACGAGGAAUCUUUUUCAUUUGUGGGGACAGAAUCUGGCCUGCUAUCCCUGCAAACAUCAAAGGAGGUCCAUGCAGCAUUGGGAGACUUUCAUUGCUAACACCCAACUUGAAAAUUUUGAGAGAGCAAAAACAUACAGGGAAAAGUUUAACCAAACAAUAUGAUCCAGAUUGUGAUGACAGUGUUUAUACAUGGAACAAGGCUCAGAGAAACGAAGUGGCGAUAUUCUCAUCCCAGGCAGCAUCAGGGGAAGCCUUGACUCAGUUGGAUCACAUGGGUUGUUGGCUGAGCAAACACACUUGUGCCAUUUCUCUUGCACUGAGUGACAUGUUAACCGAUGUCGACAGUGUAAGACAAGCCGCUCUUCAAAACAGAGCAGCAAUUGAUGAUCUAUUGCUGACACAUGGGCACGGGUGUGAAGAAUUUGAGGGAAUGUGCUGCAUGAACCUGUCCGAUCAUUCGAAAUCAAUUCGUGAAAACAUAAGGCAGUUGCAAGAAGGUGUGGCCAAGCUUGGGGAAGUUACUGGAUCCUGGUUGGAUGGUGUGUUUGACUUUUUUGGCCUUUCACCAUUGUGGAAGGAACUUUUGAAGAUAGGGUUUUAUGUAUUCGUAGGGCUUGUAAUUCUUCUGCUCAUUCUGCUGUGCAUUUUUCAAUGUGUGCAGCAAGCCGUAACAGGGCCGCGAAGGAGGUGGUUUUGGUUCAAACAGGAGGGGAGAUGUCGGAAUCCAGGACAUCCCUCUGGCUGCCCUGGAUGGCUUGAGCCCCUGGCAGGGGCUCAGAAACCUUGACAUAGAGCCCAAGACCCCUGUGCCUUUGAUUUCAAACCAUGGGAAAAACUACCACCUUUGUAUGAAGAUUUACAAGUCACAAAAACUAAGUAGAGUAUAAGUUAGUUUACCACAGGGUGAAAAAGUAAAAUUUUAGGAUUUUUUAGA